GCUGCUGAUCGUUUGAUUCCAGAGUUGUUUUAGAUGGCUUGGCAUUCUUGGCUUCCACACCUCUCGGUGCCAAAGAAGGUGGCCUUUGACAAUCCCAAGCUGAAUGUGUUGUAUUACAUUUUCCAUUUGCCCAUCAUCGCCUAUGCAGUGGCGAUCUUUGCAUUUCAGAAACAGUACUCUGAAGUCAUCAGCAACUCACCUUUUCUGAUGGUCAACGUUGAUCCCCUGGAUGCUUGGCCGUAUCUGUUGACCACUGGCACUCCUGAUCCAGAUCCAUCGAUUCAAGCCUGGUGUCUCGCAUCUGGUGGGCCAGCAUUGUGCGAAUCUGAUCCAGUUCUCUAUGCAACUUGUGUGGAGAUGGUUACCGAGCACAUUCUCAGCCAGAUGCCUGGAAUGUCUAUAACGAGCAUUUGCACCGGCAUGUGCGACUUGAACAACAUCAGCUUUGGCUGCAUGAUCCCGCCUUCCUUGUUCCGACAGCAAGGAAGCACUGCGCUCCAGAUCAUUCCCUACGUGGCUUUCAACAAAGGCCUGUUCAGCGGAGCGAACAGAAACAUGCUCGUCCAAAUGAAUCCGUUGCUGCGCUAUGCACCUGUGACAUUUAACUACUCGUUCCAAAUGUCCCGGCCUGCACCGUGGUUCUUUUCGAACGAUCAGAGCAUUUCGGACAAGAAGACAAAUUUGGAUGCCUACACGGUUGCCAUCACUGUGCGUGGCAAUGCAUUGCUUGUCUUCAAUCCCGGAGAGCCAGUGAUUGUGACGCCUCCAAACAUUGUAACUCUUGCUGGAGUAUCUUGGAAUGUCACAACAAUCAUAUACGGUGGUGAGUUCUACGCGGUGGUGAACUGCUACACUGAUAGCUAUGAUAUGCCUUCAGUGCUUGACUGGUCUGGCUUUCCCGAGAUCGAUCCCACUCUGGAGAUCCCUGUUUGCCUUCUGACCGUGGAACAGCUGCGACCUAUCUCCAUGUACAAGCAAACUGACACCGUUGCAGAUUCAGCACAGGCAGCUUCUCAAAUACGCGUGGACACUGGCAGAGGCAGUAGCUACCACAGGUGUCCUUCUGCAGCAGCCAUCGCAUUGAACCUUAUUUCUUUGGCUGUGUUGCUGAAGUUUCCUGCUAUGGCGGCUGUGCUGUUUGCUACAAAGUGCUUGGGCUCCCUCUCCAAAAUCUACAAGCGAGCCCAAGAGGAGACCUUUGAUGUCUCCAUGCGAAUCGCCCAGCUUGGGCUUCGAUUGCUGUCGGAUACAAUGGCUUUGAUGCUGCUGGAUCAGAAAGCUUCAGGCAUCUCCAAAGCGAGAUUAAGAGAACAAAUGUGCGACAUCCUGAAGACAGCAGCACCGUCUCAGGAUCACAAUGCCAUUGCAGACGAAUUGUCCCAGCAUAUCUUCAGAAUGUUGAGGCACCUUCAACACAGCCCCAGUUCCAAGUACGAGGAAGGCCUCGUUGAUAGUAGCCAAUUGGCUACACUCAUGUCCUUGGGUCAAACGGUGCACAUCAACGACCUGUGUGCUUACUUUGAUACAUCCCGCCGACGUUCCUACUUGGAGUGGUUCUUACUACCAUCCUCGCAUCGGAAGCUCCUGAGAGAAAAACGGGCACUAUCCCGUGAGCAAAAAGAUGACAGACAGGAUGUCAAGGAGGAAAUGGAUCCGGAGGAUUCCAAGGCGGAGGAAUUGCCAGAGCCGGGAAUGGACGAGGGAAAGGAGGAAGAUGCCAGAACUGGUCAAGUCGGACAAGUCGGACAAGUUGAAGUUCGAGUGUCAAGCCAGCGGGAAAUCCUGGAAGUUGAAGCUCUUGAAGCUGAGAUAGAUGGUUUGAUGGCCGAAGUGAAGGCACUGAAGGUACGGCAGAAUCACCGGGAAGACCAAGAGGCACAGAAGAAGCAGGUUGAGGAUCAAGUCACACACCUUUUUGUGGCAGUGGAAGAUCUUGUGCGGAGUGUGGACUCCCUUGAAGAAGUUCCGAACGCAACUGCCAAGGAAGGUUUGGAGGAGUUGAGGAAGGGAACUGAUGCCUUGGACGCACGCAUUUCGAAGUUUGAACAGGAGAAUGCACAGCUGUCAAGGGAGAUCAAGGCCUUGCAUGCUUGGGCGGACGCACGGCAGGAAGCCCAACUCCAGGAGUUAGAAGUAGCUACAGCUAUUGCACAGGCGGCCUCCAGACACACACGACCUGAGGAAGAGGAGGUUGGAAUAGAAGCAAUUCCGAAGUCAGCACCCAGCCAGCCAUCGGGUAUGGGAACGGCACGAGAACAUGCAGCUUUGUCCGAUGGUGGUCAAGUUGAGAAGCAACGUGUCGAAGCUGUAACGGCCGCACCAGGCCCAGCACAGGUGCACAGUCCAGGCCAAGGUGGCCAAGGUGGCGGAGCACCUGGCCGUCUUCGUUCCGACCCUUUCAAUCAAAGGCGCACCUGAGCCUUUUCCAGUCGUUUCCAAUAGGCCAAGGACAUGUCCUGGGCAGCUCUCCGAAGAUGAGGGCUCUGGAGCUAACGAGGUCCGUUCCAAAGUGGACGCCCAACGGUCGCCCAAGGCGCCUCCGUGACAAA